UACCUUAAAUUUAUCAAAGUUUCAGAGACAGAGAUAGAGAUUUAGAGAAGUUUGAAAAUGUCGAGUGUUGAUGAUGAAAGAAGACUGUAUGAAUGUGCAAGGAAAUACCAAAUAAUUGUGAAACAGUUCGAUCAAUUGGUUGAGAUGAUGGACAACAAGAAGAAGGCAAUGAGACUGUCAAAACGACGACGAAUGUUCUCAAACUCGGACAAUAAUUUGUCGACCACCGUGACUCAGCCAACUUCAGAUUCUCAACAAAAUUGUAACGAUGAUGAAGCAUUUGUGCAAACCCUCACAAGAUUCCUACAUGAACUGAAGACCGAUACGACUGAACUGGAUAACUCGACCCGUACCCUAAACUAAUACUUUCAGGUCAUUUUUCUUUCUUUUACAAGUCCAACUCCAACAAGGAAUUGAGAAAUUCAAACCUAUGUUGUUUAUGGUA